UCCAAAGCGACAAGUAACUAUGGGUCAAAACCAGAGUGGUGGCCACGGUCCAGGAGGAGGCAAGAAGGAUGACAAGGAUAAGAAAAAGAAAUAUGAGCCUCCAAUUCCCACCAGAGUUGGAAAGAAAAAGAAGAAGACCAAGGGACCAGAUGCUGCCAGUAAACUACCAUUGGUUACCCCUCACACUCAAUGUCGUCUGAAGCUGCUCAAGCAGGAGCGGAUCAAAGACUACCUAUUGAUGGAGGAGGAGUUCAUCAGGAACCAGGAGCAGAUGAAACCCCUGGAAGAGAAGCAGGAGGAGGAAAGGUCAAAGGUGGAUGACCUGAGAGGGACACCCAUGUCUGUGGGUACCCUGGAGGAAAUCAUAGAUGACAACCAUGCCAUUGUUUCCACCUCAGUGGGAUCAGAGCACUAUGUCAGCAUUUUGUCUUUUGUGGAUAAGGAUUUGCUGGAGCCAGGUUGUUCUGUCCUGCUCAACCACAAGGUUCAUGCUGUGAUUGGAGUGCUGAUGGACGACACUGAUCCUUUGGUAACAGUGAUGAAGGUAGAGAAGGCCCCACAAGAAACCUAUGCUGACAUUGGAGGACUGGACAAUCAGAUCCAGGAGAUCAAGGAGUCAGUGGAGCUGCCGCUUACACAUCCAGAAUAUUAUGAAGAGAUGGGUAUUAAGCCUCCCAAAGGUGUCAUCCUGUAUGGACCUCCUGGCACAGGAAAAACAUUGCUCGCCAAGGCUGUAGCCAAUCAGACAUCAGCCACCUUCCUGCGUGUGGUAGGUUCAGAGCUGAUCCAGAAAUACCUGGGAGACGGGCCCAAGCUGGUCAGAGAGCUCUUCCGGGUGGCAGAGGAACACGCUCCCUCCAUCGUCUUCAUUGAUGAGAUUGACGCCAUCGGCACUAAGAGGUAUGACUCUAAUUCUGGAGGUGAGAGGGAGAUUCAGAGGACCAUGCUGGAGCUGCUCAACCAGCUUGAUGGCUUCGACUCGCGGGGAGACGUGAAAGUCAUCAUGGCCACCAAUCGGAUAGAAACCCUGGAUCCAGCCCUCAUCAGACCUGGGAGAAUCGACCGGAAGAUCGAGUUUCCUCUGCCCGAUGAGAAGACCAAGAGGAGGAUCUUCCAGAUCCACACCAGCCGCAUGACCGUCGCAGAUGACGUCACCCUCGAUGACCUCAUCCUGGCUAAGGAUGACCUAUCAGGGGCAGACAUCAAGGCCAUCUGCACAGAAGCAGGUCUCAUGGCUCUGCGAGAGCGCCGCAUGAAGGUCACAAACGAAGACUUCAAGAAGUCCAAGGAAAAUGUCCUGUACAAGAAGCAAGAGGGCACACCAGAGGGGCUUUACCUCUAACCUUCAAACUUUUGUUUCUCUCACUCCCUCUCACCCCCCGCCCUUCCUCCGUGUGUCGCUGUGUGAAAGAGGGGAGGCAGUCGUGCGUCUUCCCAGAGAGAAUUUUGAUAUUUUGUGCAUGUCCUGUCUGGUUUAUCUCCCACUUUCCUGUUAUUAUUUGUUAAGACAUUAAAUAAAAUAACAAAAAAAGAGAAAAGAAUUAGCGGAUGAUGGUGUGUUUGUCAUCGCCUGUCUCCUUUUUAUUUAUUUAUAUAUAUACAUACACACGAUCAUUUUAGCUUGCAGCUCACUCUUAAAGCUUGUUUGUUCAGAGGCAGCAUCUGUUGACGCUUUGCUCUUUAUUAGAUUCCAGCUUAUUGACUUCAUCUCUGCGCUGUAAUAUCUGGAGAUAAUUAAUCACAUGAGUUAUUCAAUUAGUUGAGGCUCAGUGUUGUCGCCAUCAGUGUCGCAAGCAAAAUCAUUCAUAUAAAUUUGCAAAGUCAUGUUUGUUGUCAUAGGCCAAAGGUGAGGUGAAGUCCUGAGGGCAUUUCUCCCCCUCUUAAAAAUAGUCACAAAGUCCUGUUAUAUACCAUAUGACUUCCACACACACACACACAGAUAAGCAUAAUUAAAUCUCGAGGUUACACAAUAAGAUAAAAUGUCCUGACUGUAGUGUUUUACUCGGACAUUUCCCAUAAGAGUUGUGUAAUGUCUCUGCACUUAUGUUUCACUCUUAUCUGUAAUAAGGGAAAUGUUCCAACGCAAUAAAGAGAAGUAAAAAUG